AUGGAGACUCCCCAGGUACCCAACGCCUCCCCCACCCCAAAGCCUCCCAAUAACCGCUUUCAAACAGUCAACUUCGUGCCCGCCAAAGCCGGCGAAAUCCUCAAGCUGGGCACCAUCCAGAUCCGGAUCAUCGAAGACGGCAGCCGCACCGACAACCGCAUCGGUGUCGCGGAAUUCAUCGUCCCGCCACACACCUCGGGCCCCCCGCCGCACUGGCACGAGAUGCACGACGAGUUCUUCUUCACCACGCAGGGGACCAUGCGCUUUCAUGGCUUGCAGGGGGAGACUGUUGAUGCUAAACUUGGCGAUAGUGUGACGGUCCCAACCCGCUCGCCGCACACGUUCAGCAAUCCGUUCGACGAGGAAGCUAAGUUUCUGAAUACGUAUACGCCGGCGCAUUACAUCAACUAUUUCAAACUCCUAUCCACGCUAGGCGAGGCGGGCAAGCCGAUGAGUCCCGAGGCGAAUCGGAAGGCUAUGGCUUACUUCGCCACGAUCGGCGUGAGCGAUGACGAGAUGAAGAUGCAGAAGGAGGCUUGA